AUGGGUUUGAGGUUUGGUCUUCAGAGGCAUUUUCUACUUAAAAGGAAUAUCAACAUCAUUAGUGAUCAAGAAUUUGCUAAAUCAAAUCAAGUCUAUGAAGCAGCAAUUGUUGAACUGAAACGGCAAGGUUUUGGUAAUGUCGAACAUCACAACUCCAUUUCGCGCGAGGAUCUCCAAAAAAUACAGUUGUCCUAUAAUCCUGCUGUGCCAGACCCGAAAAGUCUUCAAAGAUUUGUUUGGUUCAACAUCAUGUUUCAUCUAAUACGUAGAGGAAGAGAAAACCUUCGACUUUUCACGAAGCAGUCGUUCGCCAUAAAGACUGACGCGACAGGAAAAAAGUUUGUUUAUCAGGCGACAGACGAGCUAGACAAAAACCACAGAGGCCAUGACAACGCCGACGAUUCCACUGGCGAAGGUCGUAUGUACGAACAAGACGGCCCAUUGUGUCCAGUGAAGGCAUUUGAACUGUAUUUAGCAAAGCUACACCCUGAACUGUUUUGUUUAUGGCAGAAGCCUAAAUCGAAGGAACAUUUUACUGAAGCCUCCAAUGUUUGGUACUGUAAUGUUCCUGUCGGUAAAAACACUUUAGGAACUUUAAUGAGCCGGAUUUCCAAGGAUUUGGAACUUUCACAAACAUAUACUAAUCAUUGUAUUAGGGCGACAGCUGUCUCUUUACUUGACGACUGUAAUUUUGAAGCUCGUCAUAUUAUGCGUGUCUCUGGGCAUAAGUCUGAGAGUAGCAUUCGCUCGUAUUCAAAACGACUCUCAGAGAUGAAACAAAAACAAAUUUCAUAUUCGCUCAGUAGCGCUUGCUUUACAGAAGCUACCAAGAAACGGUUUUAUUAUUGUGAUAUUGGCGAAAGUGCCAAAUUGAACAAUGAGAGCAGUGAUUUUGACACAGACAGUGAUCUGGUGACAGGCUCAGAUUCACAAGACUCAGAGUUUAAUCCCGAUAAUGAGCCCAACAAUUCUAAUAGUGAAGACUCAGAUAGCGACAUAGACAAGGAAUAUUAUAUAUUUCCCAUGUCCGUGGAGAAAGCCGAUGAUGUUUGCGUAAGAUUAAAUAAUUUAAUCAAAAGCGGCCAAAUUCCGAAGGUCAAAAUAUUUUACAAAUAUCUUGAUGCCAUUUUGUAUGCUAUGACUGACCCAAACCACGAAUAUGACAAGCAAGUUGUUGAAUUUUUCAACUCUAUUAAAUAUCUUGGAGGAGAGAAGACGGUGAACUUUAUCUGGGGUGCUAUGUGGCAUGGCUGUGGCGGCGUUUUUGAUCCAGAGUUAGCUAAACCAAACCUCGGUGGACCUGGAAGAACGACAAGAUUAAGGCAUUUGUCUGGCUAUACUACUUCAAGUGGCAUAAUUAAGCCAUGGCUUGAUUCAGUUUUAAAACUUGCUAUAGACCCUUUAGUGGGCGUGAAGCCUAUUAUUGAUACAGAGAUUGUCAAUGUGAUUGGGGCAGCAAUGGAGAACAAUGGAACGGCUUUAAAGGCUGCGAUACAAUACGAUGAAAGACAACAAAUAAACGUGGGUUUUAAGGUGACAUCCGACAUAGAAUUUGUAAAGUCAAAUCUUGCUCCCUAA